UAUCACUGAGUUGUCAUCUACAAUGAGAGCCCUCCAAUUUCCUCCCUUAAUUAUCAUUUUUUCCACAGGCCAACCACCUUCAAUUCCACACUUAACUAUCAAACUUCCAUGGAGACAAUCACUCCAUGGCACCAUCUCAACGCAUUAAGCCUUCGAAACCCUCUCAUCAUCAAGCAAUCAAGAAGCUCUUCCAUCAAUCUUAGUCUGCGUAAUGUUGCAAUGACCUCUCCUGAAACCUUACUCUCUGUCUCCCUUGAAUCUUCUUCUCUGAACAAUUUGUCCAACUCUUUUUCAUUUGGUAACUUAAAUGAGCUAAAUUCCCUGAAUUUAGUAAAAGCAAUGCAUGCCCAGAUCAUAAAGUUGUCCAAUAAAGGAAACUCAGAUACAGAAAUGCAAUCUUUGAUCACAGCUUAUCUGGAUUUCAGUGACUUUCAAUCGGCUGGAGUUGUUUUCUUCGUGGGUUUAGCUCAAAGUUAUUUGUAUUGGAAUUGUUUUCUACAAGAUUUCAAGAGUUUUGGAGGUAACCCAGAUGAAAUUCUUGAGGUCUUUGGGGAGCUGCAUAGAAAAGGAGUGAGUUUUGACAGUAGAAUUCUUGCUGUUAUUUUGAAGAUAUGUGCCAAUAUAAUGAAUAUAUGGUUAGGUUUGGAAGUUCAUGCAUGUUUGAUCAAGAGGGGCUUUGAUUUGGAUGUCUAUUUGAAGUGUGCAUUGAUGAACUUUUAUGGGAGAUGUUGGAACAUUGACAGUGCCAAUCGGGUAUUCCAUGAAAUGCCAGAUUGCGAAGCUCUAUUGUGGAAUGAAGCCAUUUUGGUGAAUUUGAGGAAGGAGAGAUGGGAGGAAGGUCUGAAACUGUUUGGUGAAAUGCAAAUUUCUUUUUUGAAAGCUAAUAGUUUCACAAUUGCCAAAGUGUUGCAAGCUUGUUCAAAAUUGGAGGCUCUUGAUGAAGGAAAGCAGGUUCAUGGGUACGUUAUUCGAUUCGGGUUGGAGUCUGAUUUGUUGAUAUGCAAUUCAUUGAUUAGUAUGUACUGCAAAAAUGGCAAUCUUGAACUAGCUAGGGCAGUCUUUGAUUCCAUGAAAAACCGUAAUUUAUCUUCAUGGAACUCGAUUAUUUCGGGAUAUGCUGCACAUGGUUAUCUAAAUGAUGCAUGGAAGCUAUUUUAUGAAAUGGAAACUACCAAUGUGACACCAGACAUUAUAACCUGGAAUUGCCUUUUGUCAGGCCAUUUCCUACAUGGAUCAUACCAGGAAGUCCUAAACAUUCUGCUGAAAAUGCAGGUUUCAGGUUUCAAGCCUAACUCAAGCUCCAUCACUAGUGUUCUUCAAGCAAUUAGUGAAUUGGGCUCCUUGAAUUUUGGAAAGGAAAUACAUGGAUAUGUGAUGAGAAAUAGGCUCGACUAUGAUAUAUAUGUAGGAACUUCGCUGCUAGAUAUGUAUGUUAAGAAUGAUAACUUAUGCUAUGCUCAAGGUGUUUUUGGUAGUUUGAAGAGUAAAAACCAUUUUGCUUGGAAUUCUUUAAUUUCAGGAUAUUCCUUCAAGGGCCAAUUCGAAGACGGGGUAAAAUUAUUGAAUCAAAUGGAAAGUGAAGGAAUUGAACCAGAUCUAGUGACGUAUAAUGGCCUGGUUUCUGGAUAUGCAAUCUGGGGUCGCAUUAAGGAAGCUUUAGCUGUGAUUCGUCGUAUCAAAGUAGCAGGCUUGAUUCCUAAUGUAGUUUCAUGGACUGCCCUAAUAUCGGGUUGUUCACAACUAGGAAAAUAUAAGGAUGCACUUGAGUUUUCCAUUCAAAUGCAACAGGAGGGUAUCAAGCCUAACUCGGCCACCAUAUCCUGCUUAGUUCGAGCCUGUGCAGGUCUGUCUUCAUUGCAGAAGUCGAAAGAAAUACACUGCCUGGCCACAAGAAAUGGUUUCAUGGAAGAUGUAUUUGUAACCACAUCCCUUAUUGAUACAUACAGUAAGUGUGGCAGUUUAAAGAAUGCCUAUGAGGUCUUUCAGAGAAUUCAGAACAAAACUUUAGCUUCUUGGAACUCCAUGAUCGUUGGUUUUGCAAUUUACAGCCUUGGUAAAGAGGCAAUCUCACUUUUUGAUGAAAUGCGAGAAUUGGGUAUCCAGCCAGAUGCCAUAACCUUCACAGCCAUCCUCUCUAGUUGCAAGCAUUCAGGAUUAAUUGAUGAAGGCUGGAAAUACUUCGACAGUAUGAACAAAGAUUAUGACAUAAUCCCAACACUUGAGCAUUAUUCUUGCAUGGUAGAUCUUCUUGGAAGAGCUGGAUAUCUCGAUGAAGCAUGGGAUUUCAUUCGGACAAUGCCAAUGGUUCCAGACGCCACAGUCUGGGGGGCUCUUCUAGGAUCAUGUCGAAUUCAUGAAAACGUGAAGCUUGCAGAGAUUGCAGCAAAGAACCUUUUCGAGUUAGAACCACAUAAUUCAGCUAACUAUGUUUUGAUGAUGAAUUUAUACUCACGCUUGAACAGAUGGGAAGAUGUAGAGCAUAUUAGAGAUAUGAUUGUUGAUGUGGGAGUGAAAAAUAGGCAUGUAUGGAGCUGGAUACAAAUCAAUCAGACAGUUCAUGUGUUCUCUGCAGCAGGAAAACCUCAUCCAGACGAAGGAGAGAUAUAUUUUGAGUUAUAUCAGUUGAUUUCGGAGAUGAAGAAUUUGGGAUAUGUGCCUGAUACCAAAUGUGUGUAUCAGAACGUUGAUGAGAUCGAGAAGGAGAAGGUGCUACUUGCUCAUACCGAGAAAUUAGCAAUUACAUAUGGGCUGAUCAAGACCAAAACUAGUGCUCCCAUAAGGGUGAUCAAGAACACAAGAAUUUGCUCUGAUUGUCACACAGCAGCAAAAUACAUGUCCUUGGCGCAAAACCAUGAGAUAUUCCUCAAAGAUGGCAUUAGGUUUCAUCAUUUCCGGAAAGGGAAGUGUUCCUGCAACGAUUUCUGGUAAGAUGGUGUAUUAUUUAUCCUUCAGAUAUUACAUAGAAUUGUUUUUGUCAGCUGUAAAGUUCAUGGAGGCAUGACUGACUGAUCUGGAUUCACAAAGAAAGAAAAUCAGGAAGUAAUCCGAAAUGCCAUGGAGAGAGAGAGAGAGAGAGAGAGGCGACUCAAGAUUCAACCAGAAAGUGUACAGUUCGUGAUUAAGGAAUGACAGGUUAAAGAAUAUGUUCAACCAAUAUUAC